GCGGAGCCGGGUUCGGCCCCCUCCGGCUGGCGGGCGGAAUGGAGUCUGCGAUGUGAAACCCCGGGCUGCCCCGAGGCCGGCGGGGGCGGAGGUGGAGGAAAGAGGAUUGUUAAUUAAGGCUGCGGAGAGCCGCAGGGCCUUGGAGGCUCGGCGGCGCAGACUGCUGGAAGGCGGAGAGGAGGCUGGCGCGAAGCGAGUCUUUCCCCGGCCCUGGCCGGGCAGCCCGGCCCGCCUCCGCGCUCCCCCGCUAGGCUCUCGAAGUUCGGGCGGCCAGGCCUACGGCUGCCGCCUCUUCCUCUGGGGCGCGCGCUGUGUAAACUCGGCCUCCUUUUCUCAGUGCAGAGCUUCGGCCUCGCACCUGCUAGCUCAACGCCCAGGGCCGCGGUGGGCAGAGGUGGCCGCGGGGGUGGAGGGAGAGACCUGACUGACAGCAAAACCAGUGCUCAGGAAAAGCAAAAGUCUUUUAUAGACUGAUUUUUACGAAAACUAAAGGCAUGGUAUAGGAUGCACCCAGUGGUCAAAAUGAAACCAAGCAAAAAAGGACAGGUGGUCUAAUUAUUACCGACUUCUAGCAAGCAUGUCCUCAAGCAACAUCUAUACCCAGCUCCUUGAAGUACACUGGGAGUAUUAGCAACGAAACACACCAACAACAUUGGGAUAAUCAUCUAGCAUCAGAUUGCCUGCUGGUGUCCUGAAGCAUAUACUUCGUUUGCUUAUUGUAUAACCCAGAACUGACUGCAAAGAGAUUACAAUCUUAGUGCAGAAAGCGUAAGUAAGCACUACAAAAGACCUGCAAUGAAAAUCUCAUAUUGAGGGCUAGUUCACUGAAGUCAAAGGCUUGUACUGGCAUUGAAAACAUUGAUGAAGCUAUUACGUUGCUAGAACAAAAUAAUUGGGACUUAGUGGCAGCUAUCAAUGGUGUAAUACCCCAGGAAAAUGGCAUUCUGAGAAGUGACUAUGGGGGUGAGCCUAUAUCAGGACCUGCAUUUGAUCCAGCAAGUCACCCAGCUCCAGCUUCUGCUCCUGCUCCCUCUUCUUCUUCAGCAUUUCGACCUGUAAUGCCAUCUAGGCAAAUUGUAGAAAGGCAACCUCGGAUGCUGGACUUCAGGGUUGAGUACAGAGACAGAAAUGUUGAUGUGGUACUUGAAGACAGCUGUACCGUUGGAGAAAUUAAACAGAUUCUAGAAAAUGAACUUCAGAUACCUGUGUCUAAAAUGCUGUUAAAAGGCUGGAAGACUGGAGAUGUGGAAGACAGUACGGUCUUAAAAUCACUACACUUGCCAAAAAACAACAGUCUUUAUGUUCUUACACCAGAUUUGCCACCACCUUCAUCAUCUAGUCAUGCUGGCCCUUUCAGUGCCCUGCAGGAGUCAUUAAAUCAAAACUUCAUGCUGAUCAUCACCCACCGAGAAGUCCAGCGGGAGUACAACCUGAACUUCUCAGGAAGCAGUACCAUUCAAGAGGUAAAGAGAAAUGUGUAUGACCUUACGAGUAUCCCUGUUCGCCAUCAGUUAUGGGAGGGCUGGCCAACUUCUGCCACAGAUGACUCCAUGUGUCUUGCUGAAUCAGGGCUUUCAUAUCCGUGCCAUCGACUUACAGUGGGAAGAAGAUCUUCACCUGCACAGACCCGGGAGCAAUCCGAAGAGCAAAGCACCGAUGUUCAUAUGGUUAGUGAUAGUGAUGGAGAUGACUUUGAAGAUGCUUCCGAAUUUGGGGUGGAUGAUGGAGAAGUAUUCGGCAUGGCUUCAUCUGCCUUGAGGAAAUCUCCAAUGAAUGUUAUGUGGUUUGUUUUUUGUGUCUAUUUGUUUUGGUUUUUUGUUUUUGUUUUUUCUUUUGUUUGUUUUUUAGUGCCAGAAAACGCAGAAAAUGAAGGAGAUGCCUUAUUACAAUUUACAGCAGAGUUUUCUUCAAGAUAUGGUGACUGCCAUCCUGUAUUUUUUAUUGGCUCAUUAGAAGCAACUUUUCAAGAGGCCUUCUAUGUGAAAGCCCGAGAUAGAAAGCUUCUUGCUGUCUACCUCCACCACGAUGAAAGUGUAUUAACCAACGUGUUCUGCUCACAAAUGCUUUGUGCUGAAUCUAUCGUCUCUUAUCUGAGUCAAAAUUUUAUAACCUGGGCUUGGGACCUGACAAAGGACGCCAACAGAGCAAGAUUUCUGACAAUGUGCAAUAGACACUUUGGCAGCGUUGUUGCACAAACCAUUCGGACUCAAAAAACAGAUCAGUUUCCACUUUUUCUGAUUAUUAUGGGAAAGCGAUCAUCUAAUGAAGUGUUAAAUGUGAUACAAGGUAACACAACAGUGGAUGAGUUAAUGAUGAGACUCAUGGCUGCAAUGGAGAUCUUCACGGCCCAGCAACAGGAAGAUAUAAAGGAUGAGGACGAACGAGAAGCCAGAGAAAAUGUGAAGAGAGAACAAGACGAGGCCUAUCGCCUUUCACUUGAGGCUGACAGAGCAAAGAGGGAAGCUCAUGAGAGAGAGAUGGCAGAACAGUUUCGUUUGGAACAGAUUCGCAAAGAACAAGAAGAGGAACGUGAGGCCAUCAGACUCUCCUUAGAGCAGGCCCUGCCUCCAGAGCCAAAGGAAGAAAAUGCUGAGCCUGUGAGCAAACUGCGGAUCCGGACACCCAGUGGCGAGUUCCUCGAGCGGCGUUUCCUGGCCAGCAAUAAGCUCCAGAUCGUCUUUGAUUUUGUAGCUUCCAAAGGAUUUCCAUGGGAUGAAUUCAAGUUACUGAGUACCUUUCCUAGGAGAGAUGUAACCCAGCUGGACCCAAAUAAAUCAUUAUUGGAGGUAAAGUUGUUCCCUCAAGAAACCCUUUUCCUUGAAGCAAAAGAGUAAACAUGGCCCAGCAGUGGAACCAGCCGUUCCUUGACAAGCCAGAGGCCUGCAUCAGGAGAAGGGCACCUCGCCAAGCCACCUACACGCUCGUCUCACUCAAUUCAGUGUCACACUUCUGCCUCUUGCAAGAUUGCUGGAAAAAAGUAAUAAUAAACAUAGCUACUUAACAUUUCCCA